AUGGAGCUCGGCUGGGGCUGGAACAGCUCCCAGCAGAGCCCACCUGGGCACGGCCAGGGGCUGCUGAGCCCGGCAGGGCACCCCAACCUGACGGCGCUGCACACCCGGGACGAGGAGCUGGCCAAGGCUGAGGUGGGGGUGCUGGGCACCAUCCUGGCCGUGGCCACCGUGGGCAACCUGGGCGUGCUGCUGGCCAUGUACCGGCUGAGGAGGAAGAUGAGCCGCAUGCACCUCUUCAUCCUGCACCUGGGCCUGAGCGACCUGGGCGUGGCGCUGUUCCAGGUGCUGCCGCAGCUCCUCUGGAAGGUCACCUACCGCUUCGUGGGGCCCGACCCCCUCUGCAGGGCCGUCAAGUACCUGCAGGUGCUCAGCAUGUUCGCCUCCACCUACAUGCUGAUGGUGAUGACCCUGGACCGCUAUCUGGCCGUGUGCCACCCGCUGCAGUCGCUGCAGCAGCCCAGCCGCCAGGCUUACACCAUGAUCGGGCUCACCUGGCUGCUCAGCUGCCUGCUCAGCCUGCCGCAGGUGUUCAUCUUCUCCCUGCGGGAGGUGCGCCCGGGCUCGGGGGUGCUGGAUUGCUGGGCGGAUUUCGGGUACCCGUGGGGAGCGCGCGCCUACAUCACCUGGACCACGCUGUGCAUCUUCGCGCUGCCCGUGGGCGUCCUCAGCGUCUGCUACAGCCUCAUCUGCCACGAGAUCUGCAAGAACCUCAAGGGCAAGACGCAGAGCGGCGGCCCUGGCACGGGGGGAGCCGUGGCGGGUGCCCCUGGUGGUGCCAGCCCUGCGGGGAAGGGCGGGCAGCCCUCGAGGGUGAGCAGCGUGCGCACCAUCUCCCGCGCCAAGAUCCGCACGGUGAAGAUGACCUUCGUCAUCGUGGCCGCCUAUGUCACCUGCUGGGCGCCCUUCUUCAGCGUGCAGAUGUGGUCAGUGUGGGACCAGGAUGCUCCUGAUGAUGAGUCCACCAACGUGGCUUUCAGCAUCACCAUGCUGCUGGCCAGCCUCAGCAGCUGCUGCAACCCCUGGAUCUACCUGUUCUUCAGCGGGCACCUCCUGCAGGACUGCCGGGGCUGCUGGGGCCGCCGCCGGGCCGGGCUGCGCAGACCCAACUCCACCGGGAGCCUGUGCAGCAGGAAAACCACGAUCCUGAGCCACAGCCACCAGGCCGGGGUCCCCCUGCACGGGGACAGCGCCAGGGAGCUGUACCCGCCCUGCGACGAGGCCGUGACAGAGUCAGGCACGCUCUGGCGGUCCCGAUCAAACCAUUCACUGUGUCACCGCAGAAAUCGGGAUGUGUACACCGCCAGUGACAACGCGUCGCGUCACGCCAUGUCCGUCGCUGCCGUGCGAACCCCAGGUGGCGUGACACGCCACCUCCAGGCCGCUGCGUGA